AUGGCGCAAGACUCGGAGAAGAGGUUCCACCAGAUCAUGGACAAACUCUUCACCCCAUCGAAAUCUCAGCUUCCUUCUUCCUCCACCAGUUCACCUUUAGAGCAACAAUCAAGAGGCAAGAAGCGUCCAAAUCCUUCCUCUGCAUUAGCUCUAGUUGAGCCAAAGACCGUAGUAGCUUCCAUUGAUAGGUCUUCAGCUUUGAAAGUUUCCGCCAAGUCAUCGCCUUCUGGUCUUUGUAGGCCAUGGGAUAGAGGAGACCUUAUGAGGAGGCUGGCUACUUUCAAGUCCAUGACAUGGUUUGCCAAGCCCCAGGUUAUUAGUGCUGUGAAUUGCGCGAGGAGAGGGUGGGUGAAUGCUGACACAGAUACUAUAGCUUGUGAGUCUUGUGGAGCUCAUCUUUACUUUGCAGCUCCGGCUUCUUGGUCAAAGCAGCAAGUGGAGAAAGCGGCAUCAGUGUUCAGCUUAAAGCUAGAUGGUGGACACAAACUACUUUGUCCAUGGAUAGAGAAUUCAUGCGAAGAAACGCUCUCUGAGUUUCCUCUAAUGACACCGCAGGAUUUAGUCGAUAGGCAUGAAGAACGGUCAGAAGCUUUACUUCAACUUUUAGCCCUGCCUGUUAUCUCACCAUCUGCCAUUGAGUACAUGAGGAGCUCUGAUCUGGAGGAAUUUCUCAAACGUCCUAUUGCAUCUGCCUCUCGCCACACCGAAUGUUCUCAAACAGAGUCCCUUAUCAAUCAUGUUGGUUCGAGUCCGGCUCAGCUUUUCUACCAGGCACAAAAACUUAUCAGUUUAUGCGGCUGGGAACCACGUGCACUUCCUUAUAUUGUGGACUGCAAAGAUAAAUCGGGUGAGACUGCUAAGGUUACAGACACCAUUGAUUUACUUCCAGAAACUGCUACGCGCGAGCUUCUAAGCCCAAAUCCAAAUGGAUCACCAGGGAUUACUGAAAACUCAACACUGCCAGACACAUUAAACUCUGAUCCCAGUUCUGUUGUGCUGGACUGUAAGCUCUGCGGAGCCUGUGUUGGACUCUGGGUUUUCUCAACUGUUCCGAGACCACUAGAAUUGUGUAGACUCACUGGUGACACCGAAGUUAACACAGAGAGACAGUCCAGUGGUGGUGCUCUUCUAAAUCGAACUUCAAUCUUGAAGUUUACCAUAGCCGGAGGACCCCCAGCAACAAAGCAAAACUUCAAAGCAACAAUAUCGGUUCCUAUCAUCGGCAGGAACUUGAGGUCGAGGUUUGCUUCUUACUCUAGACAUCAAGAGACUCUCAGUUCUAUUCAGGAUCAGCAGUAUACAACUGCAGAGAACAAUGGUGUUGUUACAGAAAAUAGCGAUCAAGCAAUGAUUGAUAUAGGAGAGAAGGCUGAUGGAGAAAGAAACACAACUGAUUUAGACAGUCCUUCUACACCACAAAGCAAAGACAAACAGUUGAUGGUAGUAGUAAGCUCAAAUCCUCCUGAAAACAACAAAACCAAGGAUUCAACACCAGGUAAAUCAGGAAACUCAAACAAACAGAUGGAGUUUGAUCCAAUCAAGCAACAUAGGCAUUUCUGUCCUUGGAUCUGGUCAACGGGAAGAAGAGGCCCUGGAUGGCGACAGACUCUAUCUGCAUUACAGCGCAGUAAAGGAUCAUGUCAGACUCCACCAUCACCCUCUUCCGUCUUCAAGGUUGAUGAUCCGUUAACAUCUGUUCGGAACCUGUUCAAGUCACCAACCCCAAAAAAACGAAAGCCGAACAGUGGAUCCUCAAGCUGA